AUGGCAGGCGAAUCGCGAGUCAUACAACUAGUGCUGGUCCCUCACCGACCAGUCCAUACCGAUAAUGAGAUCAAUAAAGACCUGGCUCCGGCAUUUGGUAUAAUACAAAGGGCAAAGGGACUACAAGGAGUGUGGAGAGGGAGGAAGCAUGAAGACCGCCACACCCAAGUUGCUCUAUUCUUAUGGGAGAAUUUGGACGCCAGCCAUGCGUUCUUUACCAGCUCUGAUUAUACCGAGUUUCACAAAGUUAUCCAACCCGCGAUGAACGGAAGGAAGAUUCAUUGGCAGAACCAUGCAUCAAUCAAGUCGCUGGGGCUUAACGACAAGGCACACUUGUCAAAGAUACUGGAAUCACCUGCGAUCGAGGUCGCGCUAACAAAGGUCGUUGAAGGUGGUGUGAACGGAUACUAUUCGCAAUUCCAGAAAAUUGUGACUCCCAUCCUAGACAACGACCCUGGCUGCGAUGGGCACUUUAUCGGCCCGCUCCUAGAAAAUCCUCAAGAUCAGCUACUUUUCAUCAACUGGAAGUCGGUAGAUGCUCAUCACGAGGACUUUGAGAAAGAACCGACAUUUAACGCCUGUAUUGAUGCCCUCAAGGACUAUUAUGCCGAGUUUGUCAUUCCAUGGCAUAUAACGGGGCUCAAGCUGGUCCAAGGGGGCCUCUAA